AUGAAACGACUUUUCGGAUUCAAAGCAUCAGCCGAGGAAGAUGGCACGUCAGCUUCCAACCAGCACUUCCAACAAAAUGAGCCGGCUCGCCGAGAUCCAGGAAGGGCGCGUCAUUCCGUAGCCGUCUCAUCCUAUGCCACACAAACCGAUCGAGGUAUCACUCGGCAGCCUCAUCUUCCAUCCUCCCGAUCCCAUGCCCACAUCACCCGGAAUUCAUUUCAUCCCGCCAACCAAAUCUCCAAACGAUCCAUCUCAGCCUCAUACGUCUCGAAAGCGCCCUCUCAACAACAAAGGUUCCCCGCAUCACGUACCACUGGCCUUUAUGGACGCGGACGCUCACUAGUCCCUCCAGCAGCUACUCCCGAGAAACCUAAAACAAGAAUCGAGAGAAUUACAACCAAGAUCCAUCAGAAGUUGGAUCUCUCGAGUUAUUUGGAUUGGCCGGCCGACAAAUGGAUGGAAAUCCAGGAAUAUUUUGAGCUGAUGGAUUGGGACGAGCUGGGCUUCACCUUCGGGAUCGGCCUAAAUGGUGCCCAUCUCCUUCUUCGAUUUUUCUCCGGCCUAGAAAGCAUGAGACGAAGCCACAUGGGCGAUAAACAAAUAAACAAAUCCUGGUUUUCAUUUGGCUUUGUUGAAGCGAUGACGAUGUGUUCGUUUUUUAUGUGUAUAUAUUCAUGCUAUAAUAGCUACGCGUUCUUCACAGCUCGUAGAGCAUAUCAAUUACAUCACCGCGAAGAUAUGGUCAACUCUCCAAACGUAACCUUAGUUCAAUCACCUACUGCACCACAGGAGGAACCACCAAGCUGGCGAGAGGUGACGUUCAGCCUACUGAAACGGUUUUUAUCGUCUUGCAUUGGAUGGCCGAAUUCGGAAAUAAAUCAACUACCUAAACCUACCCAAGUGUAUCAACUAAAUAUGUCACAGAUCGAUCCGGUCAGACUUAAGGUCUUCAUUGUUUAUCCUCCACCUCAAGCUUUCCUGAUACAUUUCGCCAAUUUCUCCGAAAGUUGCUUGCAUUGGAUAUUGCUUAUGACGGUCUUGAUCUACCAAAAUUAUUUCGUGAUCAAUCAUUUUUCUCAACUCGUGAAGGACAAAGAGAUCAUUCAAGCCGAAGUCAUGCAUGAGUACAACACCAAAUUUGUUUAUCCUAAAGCGUUUCCUCACACAAGAGAAGCUGCGACGAUGACAAGUUCAGCUGAAUUCAUUCGUCGUGAAGAUUGGAUGAGUUAUUGA